AUGAACCUCCAGCAAGUGAAGCCAACAUAUCAGCAGAAGAGAGGUUUGUACUUGCAAACCAGAAAUAUCGUUCAAAUCUCCGUUCGUAACUUGUUAAUGUUACUUCCGGCCCGGCCCGCAGGUCAGGUCAUCAUCGCACGGCAAUCUUCUCCUCCCAUCUGUGGCGAACAGGAGAUGAUUAGCUUAGUUACGCAGCAAGAUGACGAUAAAAUUUUAAAACUAAGAAUUGUAGGGCUGUACCCAAAGGGUAGCCCUUCCAGAAAUUCUCGAGGGCUUAGGUGUAAACCAAACCCAAGAGGGGGUUUGGAAAUAGUUUUCAACCAGCAAUAGACGCGCCUCGGUUAGAACCUCAUUAGCUGCGUCAUUGCCCCAAGCGCAAAGAUACUAUUUCCCAUGCCCCAGCCCCUUAUUAUAUACUACUUUCAAUUGCUUUAGGUUU